AUGCACCACAUAAAUGGAGGCAAUUUUAUUGAAUGCUUAACAGCACAACAAUUCCGUGAUCCGACCACCGAGAUAAAUGAAAACGAGUGUCGUCUACACAAGCUGAAAGCCACAGUUAGUUCAGAAACUAAAAGACGAUACAUGGAAAAGGUGAAGUUAACAAAAUCAAUUUACAAAGCAGUAGAUAUUCCAAUAAAAAAGAUUAUAAAUUUAUGCUUCUCUUUCAUUUGCUUCAACGCUCAUUCUCAUGAGGAAAACAAAUAA